AUGGCUAAACAAGAUCCUCCUUUUGUAAAAACGUUGUCUCAACAAGACAUUAUAGAAGGAAGAGACUUAACUGUCACAUGUCAGGCCAACCCUGGGAAUCCUAACUCUACCACAUUUUACUGGACCAAGGUAAUCGACCCAGGAUUCAGACAGAAUGGUUCCACCUUACAGUUAUACAACACUCAGAGAACCAGUUCUGGGACCUACAAAUGUACUGCAGUAAACAGCUACAGUAAUGGUGAAAAGGGAAGACACAGUCAGUCAAUGGUCGUUAAUGUAGUUUAUCAACCUGCCAUAGAGAACAGAUCAUUACAAAUAGUAAAUGAGAGUGAAACAGUGAUAUUAACUCGAAAUAUCUCGAGUAACCCAUUGUCAAAUGUAUCCUGGUAUAGUAAGAGGGAGCUGUUGAAAACCGAGACCUCAGUGACAACCACUUUUUUCUUAAUAGAAAGAGCGACGUGUAGUGAUACACAAAACUUUACUCUUGUGGUCAGUAAUGGAGUAGGGAGCAAGGCGACAGCAGUGGUGGAGUUAAUCGUUAACUGCAAACCGAUACCAGAUAAGACAAAUAUUACACUAGGAGUUACUUUCACAACGGGAAUUGAAUUUUCAAUCAAGAUAAUUGCACAUCCAGAGCCUCUAUAUGAAUUAGUGUACGAAAACGGAACAAGAAACACUCGAAUGACGAAUGAUAUCACACAGAAUGCAGUGAAUAAUUUCACUGUUAAUUUCAGGCAAUCAGUUGUUGACCAAAACAGUUUUGGUCUUUAUUAUCUAACAAUGCGCAAUCUUUUUGGAGAAUCAACAGUUACUGUGAAUGUGAUCGAACAAAGAACAGGAAGACCCGAAACACCCAAGAGCAUUGCAGUGGUAUGUGAGAUAACACAAGCCAGCGUACAAUGGAUAUCUUCUUUCAAUGGCGGCGAUCAACAGUACUUUACUGUUGUUAUUUUGAAUGGUCAAGAUGGAACUAAUAUCUCUUAUCGUUUUCACGACAAAGGUGAAAAUGAACUUCAUGCUGCACACAUAAGCAAUCUUCAACCAUCGGUGACGUACUGGUUUGUUGUGUCUGCAAAAAACAGUUAUGGAUCUAGUCUCUCAGAAAUCACCAGAUGCAAGACACUACAAGAGAAAGCAAGCUCUAAAACAGGAAUGGUUGCUGGAAGUGUUGGAGGGGCUCUGGUGUUGAUCACAAUCGUAUUGAUUCUUGGGAUUGUUCUUCACAGACGCUACGCAUGUAUCUGUAAAAAAGCAUUUGAGAAAAAAGAUAGAAAUACAAUUGUUGAAACAAACAAAGAUGCAUCUAACUAUUCAACCAUACAAGAACAACAAGAACAUACAGAAAGGAACAUGUAUGACGCGUUAACAUCAACUGAAAAUGCAAACCAAUACGAAGAUAUUUUGAAGAAAGAUAAUAAUGGAUAUGAUGAAAAGUUGUAUGAAAAACUGCAAAGCAGUGCUGAUAAAGACAAUGAAGCAAGUUCCUCUGAACGGAGGACACCAUUGAAAAUUAAAGAUUUAAAGGAUGACAAAUUCGUUACUCAGAAUAUUGAGGAAUAUGCAAACACAUCAUUUAUGGAGUAAACCAUUUUCCAUACAAUGCACAAACAAACAUGUGAAAAGGGUCUGGACCAUUCCUUCAAAUACUAUGCGAGAAUUCUCGUUUUCUAGUAGGACAUUGUUUUGAUUUAAUUAAAAACAUGAGGAUUGUCUCUACAAUUAAACUAGUUUAUUCAUUUUGAGUUACUUUUAUGAUAUUCAUAAUGUAUAAACAAAUAUAUCUUCCAGAUAUUCAAACUGCGAUGAUAUUAAUUUUGUUGUUUUAAAGAAUUAGUUUUUGUCCUUCUACAUUUUUGUUUUCUAGAUAUGUAUAUAUUUCAAAUUACAAUGCCUCUUUAUCAUAAAUAAUUAUCUGAUUUGUUAAAAGCUACACUGUUUGUUUUUGCUUUAUUUUCUUGUUUGGUAAUCAAAUAAAGGCCGUCACCAAAGGCCAAUGUAGGAGCUGAAAAGUUGGACAUGUCACCAUGAUACAUACAAAUUGUAAUUUCGCAAAAAUGUUUAAACAUUGUCAAUAUAAGAUGAAAAUGCUUAUUCGACAAAAACCGGAAUUAAUGUGCUUUAAAUGGAGAUGUGUUUUAGUGAUUUGAAAAGACAUGGUCUGUAUUCCUUUAACAUUGACCGGUGGUAAACGUUCGUGACAGUUAGACAAGAGUAAACGCCAUAUUUUUACUGUUCGUGAGAGUGUAUUAAACUGAUUAGAAACCGUUGAUCAGUUCCUGAUGCGUAGUGGAUUUGUAUUUCCCGGUAAUUGUUUGUUAUUCAAACGUUGAAGACUGAGAUUAACUAUUUUAAAAACCAAAACAAAUUUUCAUACUAGUUUUAUUUGCUUGUUUGCUACUACAAUGACAUUUUUAUUAGUAGAUUUCCGUUUAUUUUUUUUUUACAACAGUCGGUUAUUUGUCAGCUUUAUCUGGUGAGGUAUGAUUGUAUGUUCAGAAAAAAUACAUUCUUUUUAGUAUUAAUAUAACUUUUACACUGUUAUUUCUCUGUCUAAAUGUUGAUCGGAGUUUUCCGUAUCCUGUUUCGUGUGAAAUGGGCAGAUGCUAUGACAAUGUUUAAGCUAAUAAUAUUGAGCUUCAUUCAAGUUUCUGUCUGCAUGCUUUGUUUAUAUGUACAUUAUGUUGAUAUUGUUGAUCGAUAAAACAAAUGUUCUGUACAGUGGGCAGAUAAGUGUUUUGCAUCGCAUACAGUUAGUGUAUUGUUAAAGAAUACAUAAUUAUAUUGUAUUUGUCCAUAUUAUAUUGCAGUAGAAAUUUUAUGACCUAGAGGAAAAAAUGAUGUUUGUAUUGCAAAAUGUUGACUUUUAACGUAUUUUUUCCUUUAUAAAUAAUAUUGAAGUA